AUGAUGCACCAAAUGCAAGACAUUUCUGCAUUGUUUGCUGUCACCCACAUCUCUGAAUUCACGGAAUGGCCCAGUCUGGCAACUGACGUGAACCUGGCUGCGAUCACCGCGUUUCCCUCUGCCAACGAGAUCAGACUGGAUCGCAUCAUUCAGCUGUACUGGGAUGGAAUAACUCACCGAUUUCCACAUGUGGAUUACUUGGCUUACGGAGACCGAACUGGCACCUUCAUUGGAAUCGAACGGCUUCCCACGCACUUCACUGACAAAUACCCAGGCUCUAGUGUUUUCGGCGGUGAGUUUCGGCCAUCUGACCUGGUCGGAACCUCGCGACAAAGCUGUUCCACAUGCCCACCGCCCUCGGUGCUCGUCCAAGGCGAGAAGGCGUACUAUUUCGUUAACGACUCCAGUGGUGCAUUUCGCAAUCGGUACGACUCAAAGGUCUACGAUCCCCGCACCCGGCCCUGGUACACGCUUGGAGCGGAAGCGAAGGGCCAGCAAGCAUGGACUGACAUCUACAGCUACAGUAGCGGCCAUACCCUGGGCAUGUCAUGCUCCCAGGCCAUCAUGUUCGAAGGCGAGGUCCUGGCAGUCGUGUCAGCUGACUUCACGGUGUCCUUCCUGAGUAGAUUUCUGCGAGAAGUGACGGGCGCUGUGCCUGAGCAGGAGGGCUUCGUUCUGGAUCGCGACGGCUUUCUGGUAGCCAGCUCCCUCGGUGUCGAGGCGGUGGUGAGGAAGGACGUCGAUGAAGGUGCAUCUAAUCGGAUACGAUAUCACUGGAGCCAGCUACCGCAUUGCAGUGGCCUGCUGUCACCCCUCGGACGCUAUCUCAGCAGUGGAAAGGUAGUUGGAUUACAGACUUGCAGGCUUUUGGGGAGUGAUGGCCCUGCCGCGGUGAGAACGAUGCGUGCUAGUACCCGACACAACCUGAAACAGCAACAGUAUCUUAUGCAGAAACCCGUGAGGUGCUGGAAUAGACUUGUGAGCUCGAUCUGGAAUUUGUUGUACGGCACACCCCUGCAACUCACUGUCAUGCUGGUUCCCUCAGGAACGCUCUUGAAGUCCCACGGAUCGCUAGAACAUCUGCGACCUAUCUGUCAUAGGGCGGUGUGGCUUUGGAAAAGUUCUGUGAGUACGGAGGAGGACGGAGGAUGUUGGAUGAGGCGCCUAGGGAGUCGCUGGCGAGAUGCUUUCCAGCCAGUGCUGAGGUUCCCAAGUUGA